CGACCACCGCUCCAGCCUCCUCCACGCGCGCUCCGCUGCGAAGCCAUCACCACUGCCAGCGCUCACGCCCACGUCGCAUCCCAUCGCUGCCCACCCCGAGUCUGCUGCGGCAUUGGUCGCAUUGCGUGCGCGAUCCACCCUUGCAAAGCGCGCAGCGACGCGACCCCGCCGACGCCGCAUCCGCUCGUGUCCCUCGACCCUCACCACGCUGCGACCUCGCGUCUGGCCUCCCCCGCAACGCGCAACACCUACUGGAAGCCGUCGCUCCUUGCGCCGACCGCGGACUGAAAAAGCGCAAACACAGCGAACUCCGGCGCGUCUCGCCUGCAAUUCUGACGUGUCGCUCGAGGCUUGGCCGCCGUCGCCUAGGCAAAAUGGACUCCCAGGCAUCUUUAUCCCAGGCGUCCCAGGACUCUCUCAUGCCUUCGACGGAGCUCUCGAGGCCCGCCACCCCUAAACUCCGUUCUGCCUCGCGUUCCGGUUCGCCUGCUCCCACGGACAUGUCCAAGGCCGUGUCUCCCGAUCGAGCCAAGUUCACUUCUCCCGCACCCCCAACAACCUCGUCUAUGACGCCUCCUCCUUCCUCUCAGAUGCCAAACACCCGCUCUGUGGUCCGGACACCCACUCCGCCCACUCCCCAGCUCUCCUCACCCCCUCCGACCUCCAAAUUGCCCAACCAGCCUUCAGCCCUGGCGGAACCAGCAAAAGCUCCCUUUUCCCAAGACCAAAUCAACAAUGCCUCCGCUGACGAGCUCCGAUCCAUGGUCAACGAGCUCACUAGUGCGCUGCGGGAUGUUCGACUCUCGGCGGCCCACCACAAGCUCCAAUACAACAUGGCGGUGAUGGAAAGCCAGGAGUCGGCCAGCCGCAUGGCCGUUGAGCUAGCCAUGGCCCAGCGCGAAAUCGACGUCCUUCAGCAGGCUGAGGAGAAACGUCGCAGCAACAUGAUGUCUCCGCAACAGAGCUUCCAAGAAUCUCCGACAAAUGCGGCGAAUGCCAUUCUGAUGUCGGAGAUGAAUCGCCACAUCCAGGUGCUGCAGAGUGAGAACGAAGAGCUCCGGGAUUUGCUUGAUCAACAGAAGCGCAUCACUGAGCAUAGAGAAGGCGAGCUCGCUAGCCUGACGGAGGAGAAUGACCGACUCAAGACCCGGAUCCGAAAGAACCGCGACCACAUCGCGCCGUAUCUGCCUUACCUCGAGCAAAUGAACGAGCACGGCUCGCCCCGUUCCGUAUUUGGAACUCCUCAUCACCAUGCGACUCCACGGCAUAAGGUCAACCGGGUGCCUCCCCCACUGUCCAACGAGAACAGUCGCGGUCAGAACAACUUCGAGGCACUUCUCCUUGCAGACAAGAUGCUCAGCCAGGAAACUGCCACAGCUCCAUCGACCCCAACCAGGUCGCACGCACCUAGGUCGCGUUUCGGCCACAGCCGGGGCACUCAUUCUAUGUCCUCGCUGCCUCAAACGCCGAAUCGGCGCUCUAACCAGCUUCAUACCGACGUGCCACGCACGCCGCCGACAUUCGCUGCUGUCAACAUUCCACAGUCCGCUCCUCCGGCGCACUACCAGCACAAGCCAAAACAUGUCCGGCGAGAAAGCAGCAACUCCACCAUCACCGCAUCGAGCGUGGAUGAAGAAGAGGCUUUCACGGACAGGGAAGACGAUGAAGUUCCCGAGUCACAAGCGAGCCAAAUGGCUACCAAUAUGCUCCGGAAAGCGGCGCCGUCUAAGCAGAUGUCGGCACCGUCAUCGCAGUCAUCAAACUUGAUCCAAAGCAAGAUAUUUGGCCAGGUGAAGAAGGGGCAUGGUCUUACCCGAUCGGGAGAAUUCGAGAAGAGGCGGCUGCAGUCAGCGGAACACCAUGGCAGCCCAACAAAGAGAGGUCGGAUCGAUCAAGGAGUCGGUCUGGGCAUUGGAGGUUUGCUGCGAGACUAACAUGAAAUGAUGUUUUGCUGGUACUUUGACGAAUCAUGAUUUUUGUGAACGGGCCGGCUGGGACGGAGUUUGUACGGAUUUGAAUUCUCGGGUGCUUCGGCACCCUGCGGUGGCUCUUGUCUGCCAAAUUGUAAUAUCUACACUGAUUUCUGGAUUACUGAAGGAUGGAUACCUACAUGGAAGGGACGUGGAAUGAGGAACGAUCGGUAGAUAGUGAAUGAGAGAUCUUUGUAUA